AUCUAACUAAUUUGGAAUCCAAUAACCUUCUCAGAGAGUGGUGUACCGGCUUGGGGAGUACAAGUUGAUGGUCAUACUAGACAACCACAUAACCAAGCCCGGCUGGUGUUGCAGUAGAGAAGAUGGCAAUGGCUUCUUCAAUGACCAAUUCUUCGACCCGGACAUGUGGAUUAAAGGGUUGACGCGAAUGGCUACUUUGUUCAAUAAGAUACCAACUGUAGUCGGCAUGAGCCUAAGGAAUGAGCUUCGAGGGAACAGACAAAAUGUCGAUGAUUGGUUCAAUUACAUGCAGAAAGGAGCUAAUGCAGUGAAUGCAGCAAAUCCGAAUGUUCUCAUCAUACUUUCAGGGUUAAAUUUUGACAAUGACUUAGCUUUCCUUAGUAACAAGAAGCCUGUCCUAAAUUUCAAAGGGAAGUUAGUAUUUGAGCUUCACUGGUACUCAUUCUCUGAUGGUUCUGCUUGGAAUUACAAUUCAAACAAAGCUUGUGCAAUCACAACUAGGGAUAAAAUGACAAGAGGAGGAGGGUUUCUAUUAGAACAAGGGUUUCCAUUGUUUAUAAGUGAGUUUGGAGUGGCCCAAACAGGUGUUAAUGUUGCUGACAAUAAAUACUUUAGUUGCUUUUUAAGUGUUGCAGCUGAUUUAGAUUGGGAUUGGGCUAUCUGGACCCUUGGAGGUAGUUAUUACCUGAGAGAAGGGGUGGUGAAUCAUGGUGAGAUUUAUAGCAUGUUGGAUGAAAACUGGGAUCAACCUCGGAAUUUGAGCUUCAAGGAUAAGAUCACAUCAGGCCUUCAAAAUUUCUUCCAAGGUCCAGGAUCAGGAGCCAAGUAUUAUUUGGUAAUCUUCCAUCCAUCAACAGGCCUUUGUGUCUUAGAACAAUCAGAGUCACAACCAUUGAAGCUAGGCCUCUGUGACAAAAGCCAAGCUUGGGAGUACACAAAAGAAAAGACUUUGCUGCUAAGUGGAACAUCAUUAUGCUUACAAGCUGAUGGAAUAGGUAAACUAGCCAAGCUUGGGAGAAACUGUAAUGACAUAACUUCCAAAUGGGAUAAAAUAUCAGAUUCUGGAAUGCAUUUAUCAACUAAUGUCACUUUAUGCUUGGAUAUAGACUCAAGCAAGACCAUUGUCACUAAUACAUGCAAGUGCUUGACUGAAGAUACAUGUGAUCCUUCAAGCCAAUGGUUCAAAUUAGUUAGUAGCUCAAGAACCCUAAAUGAUUUCUUACCUCAUAGAAAUCAAACCUUAAUUUGAGGCUAUUGGGAAUAGAAGAUAUGAUUGUA